UGCGCAGCUCCCCCGGCGCCGACGCAGCGCGGUGAGUUCCAGCCGGAUCCCAGCGACCCCAAACUGGGAAACCAGUGACCCCAAACUGGUCCCGAUCCCCCCGGAACUGGGUCCAGCCCCUCUUCCCAACCCCCCAAACUGGUCCCAGCACUCCCGUACUGGUCCCAGCAUGCCUGACUGCUCACAGCCCCGCCCGGGCCGCGGUGACCCCCGGAAUCCUCCCAGUAUCUCCCAGUAUAUCCCAGCACCCUCCCAGUACAGCCGUGUGAGCCCUCCCAGUCACCCCCAGUAGCUCCCAGACCCUUCCCAGUGCCCCCAGUCCCCUCUGCCAGUGCCCCCAGUCCCUCCCAGUCCCCUCCCAUGCCCGCCAUGGGCCGGGCCCGCGUUCUGGGGGGCUGCGCGUGGCUGCUGGGGGCUCUGGCCCUGCUCCAGACCCUUUACCUGCGGGCGCUGCCGCCCCCGCGCCCGCCCCGGCCCCGCCGCGCCCCCCGGGGGGUGCUGGACGCGUCGGGCGCGUUCCGGGUGUACUGGGACGUACUGGGAGCGCCGGGCUGGGCCCGCGCGCCGCGCCCCGAGCUGGUCCUGGCCACCCACGGCAGCCCCGGGCGAGCGGCGGCGGCGCUGGGGGGGCCCUGGCGGGGGCCGCUGUCCCUGGCGGUUUUUGGGGCGCCGCGGGAGGGGCUGGAGGAGCUGAUGGCGAUUCUGGGGGGGCCCUGCCGGGGGCUGCGCGGCCGCCUGAGCCUGCACGUGGUGCUGGGGGCGGCGGGACCCCCCCCCAAAAUCCCGGAGCCGCCGCGGGGUCCCCAAAGCGCCGCGGGGUGCCGGGGGGCUCUGGCCGGGCUGGCGGCCAAGGACCCCCCCAGCUACAGUUUGGGGGUGCCGUACCCCGGGAAUCUGCUCAGGAACGUGGCCUGGCAGGGGGCGGCGGGCGGGGGGCUCGGGCCGGGACCCCCGCCCGGGCUGGGCGAGCGCUUCGUGCUCAUGGUGGACGCGGACGUGGUGCCGAGCCCGGGGCUGCGGGAGGGGUUCCUGGAGCUGCUGCGGGACGGGGGGCUGCACCCCAAAAACUGGGGGGGGCAGGAGGCGCUGGGGGACCCCCAAGCUCGGAGGGAUUUGGGGAACCCCAAAAUUUUGGAUAUCCAGCAGAAUUUGGGGUCUCCAGGGGAUUUGGGGGAGCCAAAAGCUUUGGGGGCUCCUGGUGGCCUGGGGGCCACCGAAACCUUGGGGGUCCCCAAAAGUUUGGGGUUGAGUGACCCCGGUUUCCCCAACGCCAUCGAGGUCCCCGAGGGUCUCCAGGAGCUGAGUGACCACAGGGGCCUGAGUGACCCCAAAGCUCUGAGUGACCCCAAAGCUCUGAGUGACCCCAAUGUACUGAGUGGCCCCAAUGCCCUGAAUGACCCCAAAGCUCUGAGUGACCCCAAAGCUCUGAGUGACCCCAAAGCUCUCAGUGACCCCAGUGCCCUGAGUGACCCCAAUGUCCUGGAGGUCCCCAAUGCCCUGAAUGACCCCAACUCUCUGAGUGACCCCAAAGCUCUGAGUGACCCCAAUGUCCUGAGUGACCCCAACUCUCUGAGUGACUCCAAUGUCCUGAGUGACCCCAACUCUCUGAGGGACCCCAACACCCUGAGUGACCCCAACUCUCUGAGUGACCCCCAUGUCCUGAGUGACCCCAACUCUCUGAGGGACCCCAACACCCUGAGUGACCCCAAUGUCCUGAGUGACCCCAACUCUCUGAGUGACCCCAACACCCUGAGUGACCCCCAUGCCCUGGAUGUCCCCAACACCCUGAGUGCCCCCCGCGCCCCGCUUGCCCCCCGCCCCUCCGAGCCCCCCUGGGCGCGGCUGCUCUUCGUGCUCCCCGCCUUCGAGCUGCGCCGGGGGCAGCGGGUGCCGCGCUCCAAGGCGGAGCUGCUGCGGCUCUGGGGCGCGGGGCUGGCGCGGCCGUUCUACGGGGCGCUGUGCCCCCGCUGCCAGGCGCCCACCGACUUCGGGCGCUGGGGGGCUCUGCCCGCCGCCCCCCGGCUGCGCGUGGCCUACGAGGUGCCCUGGAGGGACCCCUGGGAGCCGUUCUUCGUGGCCCCCGCCCGCGGCGUGCCCCCCUUCGACGAGCGCUUCCUGCAGUACGGCUUCAACCGCAUCAGCCAGGCCUGCGAGCUGCACGUGGCCGGGUUCCGGUUCGCGGUGCUGGACGGCGCCUUCGUCGCCCACCGCGGCUUCAAGGAGCCCGGGGGGUUCCACGGGGGCCGCGAGGCCGAGCUGGGGCAGAACCGGCGCCUGUUCCGGCAAUUCCGGCAGGAGCUGCGGGGGCGGUACCCGGGCACGGGGCGGCGCUGCUGAGCUGGGACAG